CCAAAUUCAAACAGUGGAGUAGUAGGUUAGCUUCUACUACAACACAGAGAGCAAGAUCUGAAUCAGUCACUGUGAACAAUAACGUUGGUGAAAUUUGAAAAUAAGCCCCGCAACAUGACGUCUUUUGCGAGUGGAGUCGGCACGGCUGUGACUAGCGUGUGGCGGGUCCACACCCAACUCGACGAAUCCGAUGAACCAGACACCUCCCCUGUCGCACCUAACCGGUUCCGAAAGCUGCGUACCUCCAGCUCUCUGAACUCUCUGCGUAUGUCUCUGCGUAAACGACUUCCACUCAAAUCUGUCCAGUCUAAUGUGGUCGCUGAGACGGAGAACCCGACCUGGGAGUCACUUGAGAUGAACAAGAAGACAGGGGCUGUCCGCCAGUUGACGCGGAAUGCGAAGAAUUCCAUUACGGGAGUGUAUCAGAAGUUCCAGAAGAGACAGGUGUCCCGAGAGGACUGUUUGGUAGCCACGCCCGGUCGGAUACUGGAGGGGGAGGAAAAUGGUUUCCGCACUCCUCGCCCCGGCACGCUAACGCCCUCACGCACCCCGAGGUCCACCGCCAGACGCACACUAAGGUCUGCCACCAAAUGCACACCCAGAUCAGCAACCAAAAGCACCCCGCGGAGAGGAGCUGCCUGCACCCCAGAGGCAAGCGACUCGGUGAGGGGUGUGAGGUCAGGGGGCGGCCGGAGACAGCUGGUGCGCAUGGCGGCCCUGAGGAGCCCCUUCGCCUCCCCAAACACCAUGAACCACAGGCGGCAGUUUGAGCGGGAGCUAGAUGGUGUGGCCAGUGGAUUGAGGAAGCUGAAGAGCCUGUCUCAAGCCCUCAAUGAUGUCAUCGGCAGAGAUGAACGGUCUCAGGCCGUGGAGCAUUACAGAAGUGUUAUGGCAGGAGAAUACUCCUCCUCAACCCCGAGGGAAGUAGCCGGCAUUUUGUCCAGAGAUUCCGUAAGGCAGGGGAGCCGAUGCGUGCGACAGAUGAUGGGGACCUGGAAGGACACGGUCAUGUCCAACAUUCACAAAGCGUCCUGAAGUACUCCGGUUAUGCUUGCUUAGUUACACUGUCAUCUCUGUGACAUUUAUACUGUACAGAUGCUAUUUAUGUGUGUCUGUCUGUUUACAUAUAUAUGUAUAUGUGUGUGUAUGUUUGUGUAUAAUCAAUGGGAGAACUUUGUUACACAUGUGUCCUGUCUACUAACAGGAGUUGGGAGAUGAUCCUUAAGGGUCCUGUGGAGCAACUACAUUUCAGGCUAAAUUAAGCUGCUCAUGAAUUUCCUCCUGUUUGUAUAAAACAAUUAUGAUGUGUGUUCUUCAGUUAUUAUUUCUAUUCAUUCAUUUAUCAUGUUUUACUUUUGUGGACCUAGUCAUCAAACAUGUUCUACUCACUGAAUGCACUGUAUGUUGUAUAAAUGAUGCCUUAUACCAAAAUUGCGAUUGUACUUUAGGAAACACUAGGACUAAAAUACUGUGAGUUGUUUUUUUUAAAUAUAGACUUAACUAACACUAGACAAGAGACAUUGUUUGUCUCCAAUUUAAUGCUUUUUUAAAAUAAUAAUAACACAUUUAUUAUAACAGCAAAAUCUGUUUACUUGUUUAACUGCCAGUUUCAGUAAGGUAAGGUUUGUAAGGUUCAUAUCACUAUGGGAAACUAAGUAAUUUUUUCUUACUUAGCUAAAGCCAAGGGAAAAAAUUUUACUAUUUGGGAUUUGUAUGUUUUACUUAUCUGUAAAGUCAUCCAGACUGUUUAGAAGGUCAAAACGUUUUUAUUGAUUUUUAUGUGCAAAGGUAUACCAAAAAUGUCUCCUUGAGGACUGUUACUUCCAAAAUAUUGUUUACCUUUUUGUUUUUGAUAGGCCAAUUAAAGUUCACCUUUUACAAAAAA